GGCGAGCAGUUUUUCAGAGAACUGACUAGCUUCCAAAAAUUUAUGGAGUUUCUGAAUGUGUUUAAAAACUCAGCUUCCUUACAGAAACGAUCAAUCAUAUAUAUAGAUAUAUUAUACAUAGACUCAGGAUGACCAAAUUUUGAUUUAGUACUUUUACACGAUAGGUACCAAAUAGUUAUUUGUGCAAAAAAAGAGCAUUGCUUUAAAAAUUGUUUGGGUAUUUCCACCUUUAAAUGUCAUUUCAAUCGCGCAAGUAGAGUAGAAUUUUAUAGGACUGCAGAAAAAAUAUAAAAUAUGAAAUCAGAAGCCUCUAAGAAUGUAGCUGAAUAUUGCAAAACAGCGGAAUCCAUACUCACUUAUAACGUACUAGUAUACCUGUUCAUUGGGGAAAGCAUCAAGACACCCACCAUAAAUAGGAGGAUGAGCUCGUUCAAACACCCAAACAGGGUGUAAGCGCAAAUUAUAUUAUGAAUAGAUAUUAUUUCUAUGCUUACAAUAAAACCGGAACCGUCACAUUUUCCUCGAAUUUAUAUUACUUGACCAUACUACGUAUACAUAUACACUCUAUGCGAACAUUUAAAUAUUUAAAAAAUCGUCAUGGCUUCAUUAGAAACUUCAAGAAUCCGUACACCAUUUCCCAACGCCACUAAUCUGAGACAUAUUUUUGGCACUACCCAUCUAAUCGUAAACUAAUCGAAGUAUCGUCACACUCAAUACUUAUAAUACUUGUAUGAGUGACAUAGCGUGUGUGAGCAAGUAAAUCAAUGACGGUCUUGCAUAAAAUUAAAAAUUACGUAUACGCAACGUAACACCAACAAGAGUACAAUGUUGACCGAUGAUUUAAGCGAUUGUUUUGUUUAAAUGUUAAAUAUUUUUUGCGUGCUUUCUAAUUUGAUUGGAAGCAUAGACUACGUGGAUGUUCCUAACUAAAUAUGUGUGAGUAUGUGCGAUACAUGAAUGGGCUUAUGCAUUUGCAUGUGUUAGUAUUUAUCAACAUGGCGUACAUGUAUAGUUAGAUGACACACAUACAUGCGUAGGUUCAUAAAAUUUUGUUUGUGUACGUCUAAUGAAAAAGUAAAAGCAAGAAAUCCGAAGAAAUUUAAAAUAGAAUACAUCUGGAAAGCAGAGAAAGCAAAUAAAGCAUAGCAGAUAAUGAAAUAUGGGUGCUGGUAAAGUACACGACUGGAAGUGAGAAAACGAAAAGGAAAUAAAACUUAACGAAGGUUUGCGCACGUGCUGGCAUAAAAAUACAAACUCACAGACACGCACUAACGCAGUCUGAACAAAUAUGUGAGCUGGUAAAAAAUGCAUGUAUGGGCAAAAGUGGUGAAGGUAGCAAAGGCACCACUAUUGGAAAUGUGUGGUGAAUGCGCGUGAAGGCGCGCACACACAUAAAAAGUACCACAAAGGGCAGUAGUGCGUUGUGCUGGUGUUAUUUGGUCGUGUCUGUGUGUUUGUGUAUGUGAACAUUAAAUAUGAGAUAUAAAUACAAGUGAGUUGUGCGAUGACGAUGGCAAUGCGGCGAUGUUAACGUUGUGCGUAGCAGCGAAGCUUACAGGCGACAGUGACAGAGUUUUAGUGACGCUGACGAUAACGGCGAUGAUGAAGCUGGCGGCAACGGCGACAGCGACGCUAACUUUGAUUUUUGGCGACAAAAAGGGGGCUGACAUUGAAUUGUAGCGUUGUCAGUGAAUUACUGUAGCUAUGAGGAAAAGCGGAAAAAUAUUUUUCUAGGAAACCUUUUGAAGCCAGUAAACGGAUAGCGUGCAAACGCGAAUGCGGUCUGUCAGAAUUGUUCGUUUAAAUAGAUUUUCUAAAUAUUUUGCUAGUAAAGGGAAGGAAAUUAUUGUGGUACCAGCAGAAGAAAGGCAUAUAAACAUUAAAUGUGAGCCAAGAAUGAACUGAAAAAUACUUAUUGCAAUUUAUUGAAAAAAGAAACUCACAUUUUUAUACAAUGUAAAAAGUGAAUAAAAGCGAAAUUAGAUCUGAAAAGCAAAAAAAUAUAAAUAAGCAAAAAAAAAAAAAUUAAUCAAAUUAAAACAAGGCGUAACACGCACACCACUGCCUCUCCCAACAACAACAAACAACAAGAAAAAACCCAAAAAGAAAAAAAAUUAAAAAAAAAAUUAUCAAAAUAUAUAUAUAUAUAUAUCUAAGUGUACUCCUGUGUACGUGUGUGUGUGCGUGUGUUGUUUGUUUGCCAAUCGCCCAAAGCGUCGUAACUCUCAUCUGUAAAAUAUCAUCACAAAUCAUCAUAUUAAUCUCAACCAGCAACACCUGUAAAUAUUUAACAAAAACAACAACAAAAAUCAACAGCAACAACAGUCGAGUUAAAACGCAAAUGCUCGUAGAAUUAACUAACAAGAAAUAAUUCAAAAAAAAAGUAUCUUACAUUUAAAAGUAAAGCAAAAACAAGAAUACUGAACGUAAAUUCAAAAAUCGUAAAAUUUAGCAUAAAAAAUUUACUUAGUACCAAAACAAGUUAAACGCAAUUGUAAUUAAAUAAAUUUAAACAAAUUUCCAGCGGCAACAAAAUAUAUAUAAAUAUUAAAAAAAUAAAUCAUAAUACAAAAUUUCUAAUUAAUCUGUGAUUUCUGUGAUUUAUUAUUUUUUUCUCGCAUCAAAUUUGCAAACAACCAGAAAUUUUAUAAAUUUGCUUACCAUACGAUUUCGAGAAAGUGCUGAUCAGCGCAAAAGAAAAAGCACCAGCAGCAGCGGGGAAGAACAAAAGCGAAAAAUCGAAAAUUUUAAAAAUAGGAAAAUCGCAAAAGCGCAAAAGCGCGAGCCAACGCUUGCCACUGUUAGCAUUUGUGAGAAGAACUGCGAGUAGUACGCAUCGCAAAUAGAGAAAAUAACCGGAAUAUUUGAGAAAUAUAAAAUAACAACCACUAAAUACAAAAUAAAAUGAAAAUAUAUUUAGUGAAAUAAUAAUAAAUAAUUUCAAAAAUUAAUAAAUAAAUCAAAAGCAAAAACUUAACCUGAGCAGAAUACUGAAAACCCAAAUACUAAAAUAUUAAGCUACUGUAUAUAUAAAUAAAUUCCUACAAUACGCCUGUAAAUUCCGUAUACUCAUCGAACCAAACUACUCAUUUUCACAGCAAUAACUACUCAGCAAUGGCUACAAAAAGCGUAGCAAGUAUAUAGUUAAAUAACAACAACAAGUGCUGCAUCACAUCAGUAAUAAAAUCAAUCGGAUAUAUUUAUUAGCGUUAGCUAGCGUUUAGCGUCCAUCGCAUAACCUGUGUAUACAAAUAACGAUUGUACACGCCUACCGCCUAUUACAUACAUAUAUAUACAUAUUUAUAUAUGUAUAUAUAUAUAAUAUACGUUCGCGACUACUACGGUUACGACUGCUAUAACGACUUGAGCGUGCACGAUCACGAUCAAGUUCACGACCACGUUCGCGUCGUUGUUUUAUUGUUUUAAUCAUUUUGUAUGGCUUAAAAUUAACUACAUACAUACAUACAAAUAAACUGAUCGAUUUGUUCGCUUUGCUAAACAAGUAACUGAAUAGAAUUCUUCUACGCUGUAAUCGUCCGCUUCGACUUAUCUCCUUAGGCCACUUAGUAUUUCUCUAUUUAUUCCACUUCUUCUUCUUCUUCGAUCAACGUGUAAAACUGUUCGUGUCAUCAUUGUCAAAUGUAAAAUAGCCGAUUGCAUGCCACGUGGAUGACGUGUCAAUCCGGAGAAAUGAGCGUAGUCGUGCAUCAGGUUUAGCACAACUAUGGCCCAGCGGUCGACUAAAAACUAUAAGAAAUUGGAUACAUUGACGGUUGGCAGCGGCUCAGGAAGCGGCGCUAGCAGGGCAUCAACAGGGCUCCACAAGCGGGGGGCACUCGGGUCGAAGGGGAGCCCAUCGCUUAGCUGAUAGAAUGGGUGGCCCAAAGAAAGACGAUACACCACCCGGUGGUGGUCCAACAUCAUUAUUUAUCCUCACCGAGGAUAAUCCAAUUAGAAAAUACACACGCUUCAUCAUAGAAUGGCCGCCCUUCGAGUACGCUGUGUUAUUGACAAUCAUUGCCAACUGUGUUGUGUUGGCUUUAGAAGAACAUUUGCCUGGGGGUGAUAAAACAGUAUUGGCUCUGAAACUGGAAAAAACGGAGACCUAUUUUUUAUGCAUUUUCUGUGUAGAAGCAUCGCUCAAGAUCCUUGCCUUAGGGCUUGUUCUGCAUAAACACUCCUACCUCAGGAAUAUUUGGAACAUCAUGGAUUUUAUCGUCGUAGUUACGGGAUUUAUGGCACUGCUCCCACAAAAAUGGAUUGAGGUAGAUCUAAAAACAUUAAGGGCUAUACGUGUGCUAAGGCCCUUGAAAUUAGUCUCUGGAAUUCCUAGUUUACAAGUAGUUUUAAAAUCCAUUAUCAAGGCAAUGGCGCCGUUACUUCAAAUCGGACUUUUGGUCUUGUUUGCGAUCGUUAUAUUUGCAAUCAUCGGACUCGAGUUCUAUUCGGGCGCUCUGCAUAAGACUUGUUAUAGUUUAGAAGAUCCAAAUAAAUCUGUUAAGGAAGGUGAAUCAGAGACACCAUGCAAUACGGAUAAUGUAACGGAUAAAGCGACUGGUUCAUUUGUAUGUAAUUAUAACACGAGUAUGUGUCUGGAAAAAUGGGAAGGGCCAAAUUGGGGCAUAACUAGUUUUGAUAAUAUCGGGUUUGCCAUGUUGACUGUGUUCCAAUGUAUCACCAUGGAGGGCUGGACAGCAAUACUGUAUUGGACCAACGACGCUCUAGGUUCAUCAUUUAAUUGGAUAUAUUUCGUGCCUCUAAUAGUUAUAGGCUCAUUUUUUAUGCUCAACUUAGUUCUCGGUGUCCUUAGCGGUGAAUUUUCGAAUGAACGUAAUCGUGUCGAACGUCGCAUGGAGUUUCAAAAAUGCCGUUUUCGCACCAUGUUUCAAACUGCCAUGGUUUCAUAUCUCGAUUGGAUAACACAAGCAGAGGAAGUCAUUUUAGCCGAAGAGCGUACAACUGAGGCCGAAAAGAUGCACAUAAUGGAGGCACGAAGAAGAAAUGCGGCGAAGCGCAAAAAACUGAAAAGUUUAGGCAAAUCGAAGUCGACAGACACGGAGGAGGAAGAAGGCGAAGAAGAUUACGGAGACGACGGAUAUCUUAAAUCACGCCCGAAACCUCAAGGCAGCUGUACGGGCUUUUGGCGUGCCGAGAAACGCUUCCGGUUCUGGAUACGGCACACGGUGAAAACGCAAUGGUUCUAUUGGUUCGUCAUCGUACUCGUAUUCCUGAACACUAUGUGCGUCGCCGUAGAGCACUAUGGUCAACCAAAAUUUUUAACGCAAUUUUUAUACAUUGCUGAGUUUUCGUUUUUGGGUCUAUUCAUGUCGGAGAUGUUCAUCAAAAUGUAUGCACUCGGACCGCGUACCUACUUCGAGUCGUCGUUUAAUCGUUUCGAUUGUGUCGUCAUUAGUGGUUCGAUAUUCGAAGUGAUAUGGUCUGAGGUCAAGGGAGGCUCAUUCGGUCUAUCCGUAUUGCGAGCUCUACGUUUACUCCGUAUAUUCAAAGUGACCAAAUAUUGGUCAUCUUUGCGAAAUCUUGUGAUUUCGUUGUUGAACUCGAUGAGAUCCAUUAUUUCACUAUUGUUCCUGCUCUUCUUGUUCAUUCUAAUAUUUGCACUACUCGGCAUGCAAUUGUUUGGCGGGCAAUUUAGUUUUAAAAGCGGUACCCCCGAAACAAAUUUCAACACAUUCCCCAUAGCCUUACUUACAGUAUUUCAAAUUCUAACCGGUGAAGAUUGGAAUGAAGUCAUGUAUCAGGGUAUUAAAUCGCAAGGUGGCGCUAAGAAAGGAAUGAUUUAUUCUGUAUACUUUAUCGUUUUGGUACUCUUCGGUAAUUACACACUGUUAAACGUAUUCUUGGCUAUCGCUGUCGAUAAUUUAGCGAAUGCCCAAGAAUUGACAGCUGCCGAAGAGGAGCAAGUCGAGGAAGAUAAGGAGAAGCAGUUGCAGGAGCUUGAAAAGGAAAUGGAAGCACUUCAAGCUGAUGGUGUUCACGUGGAGAAUGGUGAUGGUGUAUCGGUGCCGAAUAAGGCGAAAAGUAAAAAGAAAGAAGAGGAAAAGAAGGAAGAGGAAGAAGUGACGGAGGGUCCAAAACCAAUGUUACCAUACUCAUCCAUGUUUAUACUAUCACCGACGAACCCUAUACGCCGUGGCGCUCAUUGGGUUGUUAAUUUGCGAUAUUUUGAUUUUUUCAUAAUGAUCGUCAUCUCAUUGUCAUCGAUAGCGUUAGCAGCCGAAGAUCCUGUUCGUGAGCAUUCGCCACGAAAUAAAAUCUUAAAUUAUUUCGAUUAUGCAUUUACCGGCGUAUUCACAAUAGAAAUGUUACUAAAAAUUGUAGAUUUAGGCGUAAUAUUACAUCCAGGCAGCUAUUUAAGAGAAUUCUGGAAUAUUAUGGAUGCUGUGGUCGUUGUGUGCGCUGCUGUUAGUUUCGGUUUCGAUAUGAGCGGUAGCAGCGCUGGACAAAAUUUAUCAACUAUCAAAUCGUUGCGCGUCCUACGCGUCCUGCGACCAUUGAAAACCAUCAAACGUGUACCAAAAUUGAAAGCCGUCUUCGAUUGCGUAGUGAAUUCAUUGAAAAAUGUUGUUAACAUUCUAAUCGUGUACAUAUUAUUUCAAUUUAUAUUUUCCGUAAUUGGUGUACAAUUGUUCAAUGGGAAAUUUUUUCAUUGUACGGACGAAAGUAAACAUACUUCCGAAGAGUGCCAGGGCUCAUAUUUUAAAUAUGAGGAGGAUGAAUUACUUCCAAAGCAGGAGGCGCGCAUCUGGCGGCCGCGUAGUUUCCACUACGACAACGUAGCGGCGGCAAUGCUGACGCUUUUCGCGGUGCAAACAGGCGAAGGAUGGCCACUAGUUCUACAACACUCCAUGGCUGCCACGUAUGAAGAUAGGGGUCCUAUACAAAAUUUCCGGAUCGAAAUGUCCAUAUUUUAUAUUGUGUAUUUCAUUGUAUUUCCAUUCUUCUUCGUGAAUAUAUUCGUGGCCUUGAUUAUCAUAACAUUUCAAGAGCAAGGCGAGGCUGAAUUGCAAGAUGGUGAAAUUGAUAAGAACCAGAAAUCCUGCAUAGAUUUCACGAUAGGAGCGCGUCCGCUCGAACGGUACAUGCCCAAAAAUCGCAACACAUUCAAGUACAAAGUGUGGCGCAUUGUAGUUUCGACGCCAUUCGAAUAUUUUAUAAUGAUGCUAAUUGUGUUCAAUACAUUACUGCUUAUGAUGAAGUACCAUAACCAAGGUGAAAUGUAUGAUAAAUCACUAAAAUAUAUCAACAUGGGAUUCACAGGGAUGUUCAGCGUUGAGACAGUACUGAAAAUUAUUGGAUUUGGUGUAAAGAAUUUCUUCAAGGAUCCAUGGAACAUUUUUGAUCUGAUUACUGUUGUGGGCAGUAUCGUAGAUGCGCUAUGGAUGGAAUUCGGGUCGAACUCAAUCAACGUUGGCUUCCUGCGUUUAUUUCGUGCGGCGCGUCUCAUAAAAUUGCUACGUCAAGGAUAUACGAUACGAAUUCUAUUGUGGACAUUUGUACAAUCGUUCAAAGCACUUCCAUAUGUCUGUUUGUUAAUAGCCAUGCUCUUUUUUAUUUAUGCUAUUAUUGGCAUGCAGGUGUUUGGGAAUAUCAAACUAGAUACAAUGGAAAAUACCAUUACUAGGCACAACAACUUCCAAUCAUUUAUACAAGGCGUCAUGUUGCUAUUCAGAUGUGCAACUGGCGAGGCGUGGCCGAACAUUAUGCUGGCGUGCCUUAAGGGGAGGCCAUGCGAUGAAGAAGCCGACAAGGGCAACGAAACAUGCGGUUCUACACUGGCAUAUGCAUAUUUUGUAUCGUUUAUAUUCUUUUGCUCAUUUCUCAUGUUGAAUUUAUUCGUUGCCGUUAUUAUGGAUAAUUUCGAUUAUCUGACAAGAGACUCCAGUAUAUUGGGUGCCCAUCAUUUGGACGAGUUUGUUCGGAUAUGGGCCGAAUAUGAUCCAAAUGCGACUGGUAGAAUACAUUAUACGGAAAUGUAUGAUAUGUUGAAAAAUAUGGAUCCUCCGUUGGGGUUCGGUAACAAAUGUCCCAAUCGCCUCGCCUACAAGAAGCUAAUACGUAUGAAUAUGCCUUUGGAUGACGAAAUGAGAGUACAAUUCACAACGACGCUUUUUGCGUUGAUACGCGAAAAUCUGAGUAUAAAAAUGAGAUCUGCGGAGGAAAUGGAUCAAGCGGAUAUGGAACUUAGGGAAACCAUAACGAAUAUAUGGCCUUUGCAAGCGAAGAAAAUGUUGGAUUUGCUUGUACCACCCAUAGACCAACUGAAUAAGGGGAAAUUGUCAGUUGGUAAAGUGUACGCCGGUCUUUUGAUAUUGGAGUCGUGGCGUACGACGCGGUUUGGACAAAUCGAUUCUGGCAUGCCGAAACAAUCAUUCUUCAAUUGCCUGCUCGAUAUGGCGGCGCUCGACAAAGGCGGAUCUCGGCAGGGUUCAAUUAGCUAUGAAGCCAAUGGCGAUGGUGGCGCCAACUCACAAACGCAUUUAUUAGCUAACACAAAUCAUCAUCACCUGAACGGUGAUGCCGAACACAAUAGUUUGGCAUCAUUGGCACGCCGGACUACGAUCAAAAAACGUUCAGUUAGAAACAAAAAGAUGCUGGAACUGCAGGAUGCGUCGAGACAUCCUUCUCAGGAAUCGUUAACCGGUGCCGAUGCUGGUCAUUUACAUCCUGGUCACGCCUAUCACAAUGGUCAUCAUCGCCGUUCGCCGAGUUUAAGACAUAACGGAUCUCCAUUGGCCAGAUCUCCAAGUCCUAGACGGCGAGACCAUCAAUACAUACAUCAUGAUAUUGGGUUCUCCGAUACCGUAUCUAAUGUUGUAGAGAUGGUCAAGGAGACCCGUCAUCCUAGGCACGGAUAUGGGCUUCCGCGUUAUCCAAGAGGUUCAUGGUCAGCAUCGACAAGUCCGGCCCGUUCGCCUUCGCCUUCUCGUUAUGGUGGCCAUUAUUCGCGCAGUAGGCGUACAGAACUGCCUUUUCCCACAUAUGGGACAACAAGUCUAUGUCAAAGAUCACGUUCGCCGAGUCCCGCUCGACUUCAGGAGAUGCGUGAACGAGAUAGACUUGGUUAUGGGAUUGAUAUGGGUGGUACUCAUGUACAGUACAGUUACCCAACGCUGGCAUCGCGACGUGCUGGCAUGGGUCGACGUCUACCACCGACACCAAGUAAACCAUCAACACUGCAGCUGAAGCCAACAAAUAUUAAUUUUCCAAAACUUAACGCAAGUCCAACACAUACACAUCACUCGACACCUCAUAGUGUUCAUUCCUUGCCACACCACCGUGAUCUGCUGCGGGAUCGUGCCAUGUACCGCGAUCUGUAUAGCAGUAGGGAACGCGAUCGCGAUCGAGAGCGAUAUAGAGAUCACCUACGCGACUAUGAUAUGCGAUAUGAAUAUCGGGAUCAUGAGCGUGAACUCUAUGAGAGAGAGCGUGAUCGACUAAGGGAUUUCGAAAGAGAAAGACUGGAAUACAUAGCGCCGCUAUCGUUUGAACAAGCGCUCGCUAUGGGCAGAACGGGGCGUGUCCUGCCAUCACCCGUUCUAAAUGGCUAUAAGCCAAAAGGUGGCUUUCACCCAAGACACUCCGAUUCGGAUGAGGAGGACUGGUGCUAGCAAAGGCUUUGAUUGCGAUUGCGUAAUCGAAGGGAACAGAUCUGGGUAUAGCAUCAAGCCAUAUUUCCAUCACUCUCUGCACCGGACUUAGACCAUAAUUUUGAUACAAUACCGUUGCAACAUUUCACUGCUGCAUCCGAUACCGAUUUAAUAGAAACCACAUUCAUCGAUACUGAUUUAAGCAAAAAUGCUGCUGUAGCUGCCGCAGCCACAGCAGUAGACGACGAUGUUGAUACCAACGCUACAGCCUAUUGGCGUAUGGGCCCACGGGCGGCGACACAACCCACAAUUUGUGAAACAGAUUUAGGUCUAGGAGGCGACCGAAGGGAAGUAAUAGCCGCAAUCAGACCAUUGUCACUAGAUAUGACAGACCGAAGAGCGGAGUGUGCUAUAGCGACAACAAGAAUUUAUUCCGAUCAUGAGCUUUACCAACGGUAUCAACAGCAUGCUAAUUAUGCUGCCAGUGAACCGCAGACACCGUUGAACAUUGAAUUGCAGCAACAGUAUGCAACAGCAGCCGCAGCAGCAGCAAAAACACAGCCUGAACAGCAUUUGUAUCAUACGCUGUAAAAGCAAACAACUUGAAAAAUAAAAAUAAAAUGUUCAGCUAGAGUUUUCGAAAUGAAAUGGAAAUAUUGAACAUGAAAGAAAUAAUGCAUACACAUACAUACACACAUACAUACAUAUAUGUACAUAAAUGUAUAUGUACGCUACAUGUGACAUACAUACAUAUAUACAUAGUUCAUACAUACAUACAAAUGUAACUCCGAAAAGCUAAUCUUCUCAAUACAAUUACUAGAAAUUGAGAAACACUUACAUAUUUAUACGAUACCAUAGCCAAAAUAUUUCUACAAAUAUUAUAUAUAUACAUACAUAUAUAUAUAUAUAUAUAUAUGAAGACAUAGAUACUGCCUUGUUUCUGUUAAAGUUUGGUCCAAAACGUUAUUGUAAUUACAACAAACAAACAUGCAUGCAUACAUACAUAUACUAGGAAAUUAUUAACUGCAUAUUUGUUUUGAGAAUUUGUUAAGAGAGUUUUAACUGUGCAUUGAAAUUUGUUAGGGGCUUUUAGGCAUACUACAUAAACAUACGUGCAGACAUACAUGCACAUACACAUAGCAGCAUUCACAUAUACAUACAUAGGCAUGAAUUUAAUAACCACACACAAGCACAUACAAACACACUCAAAUCCAUACAUUAAAUUGAGGCAAAGCAAAGAAAGUUAAAGUUAUCUUUGGCGUUCAUACAUAUUGUACGUAUAUUGUACUGUCACUUAUGAAAUGAAUUAGCUUUUAAUUAGUGCUUAAAGCGAAAUGAUUUUAUUCAAUAAAAUUAGCGUUAAUAGUAAAAUAUAUAGGUACAAUAAACACUUGCAUACACACAUACAUAUACAUAUAUAUGAAAAUCUAAGGCUUGAACACUAAAUCAGACACACACACAUUAAAUGAAUAUACACCGCCAUGGGGAGUAGGGGCCAAAUAAAAAAUUAAAUAAAAAACAGCAAAAUUUGCUGAAUUUCCUAGAGGAUGUGAAUAGCAAAUGGAGGUAUAGCUGUAACAUAGUAAAUAUUUAGAAUAACGGAAUACGAUUAUUUAAAUUUUCAAAGCUACUACUACUACACCCAUACAAACAUAAAUACAUACACCGUAGCUAGCCAAAAUCACCAUACGACCAUAAAUAGAAUCGAUAGUAAUGCGAUACAUAGUGUUUCAACAUAUUCGUUGGCAAGUAAACGCAUACAUACACGCAUAUAUGUACAAAUACCUACCAACAUUUACACUUACACAUAUACAUACAUAUGUACAUAUGUAUUUAACUGUGAACGAAGCAAACGAAAAAAUAUGCAAGCAAAAAUUAAUACAAUUUUACAUUGAAGCCAAGCAAAGUUAAAAAACAAAGUUUUAAAGGAGCAUUUCAAGAAAUGUAAAAGUUGAAGUCUGAAUAUAGAAAAGCUGGCAUAAGUACACACAUAUACACAUACAUACACACACAACUGCAGGAAUCCAUCGUAGUUACAAAAUAGUAGGUAAACGCAAUGCUUGAACACACAUACAUGCGCACACAUAUACACAUACAUACAAGCAUGUGGCUAUGUAGAGAAUUUUCUUGAAUGGCACAUUUUUUCACUAAAAAACGAAUUCACUUCCAUACUUGCGCACAUCCAUACACAUACAUAUACAUAUACCUGCACACAUGCAUCCCGAUUUACUACAUAAAAGCAUUUCGCCUCAUAGCAUAUCGAGCUUGCACGCAUUGGCAAACAACUCACACAUACUCAAACGUACAUACACAUACACAUAUGGUAAGCAUCGAAUCAUUUACAGAUAUACCUAUUAACUUGAAGGGCUACACAAACGCAUUACAAGACACAGUACCGAAGUAAAAAAAGAAAACUUAGAAAAUAAAGAAAAUUUAAAAAAUUAAAAAAAAUUCUCGAAAGUAGUUAGUGUGGAAAUAACUGAUUCAUAAUAACUUGUAAAUAUUGAAAAGUGUAAAAAAUUUACGUAAGAAAUAGGAAUAUGUUUAUGAUACCAAAAAGUGUAAGCAUACAUAUAAAAGAAGAAAAACAAACCAAAUAUGGUGGAAGAAACAGCGCACAAAUAAAUUAUGAAUUCCCCAAAAUGUAGAAGAGAUUAAAAAAAAUUCAAAAAGUUAAAAUGAAAACCGUUAAAAAUUAAAACAACAAAAACUAAAGACAAGCACUCACAAUAAACGGCAACAUCUACAUUUCCUAACACAGCAAUUUAAAACUAUUGUCACUUAAAUUUUAAUUUAAGAAAAUUUUAAUGCAUUCGAUUUUUUAAUUCAUUCACUUUUUUUCUGUUAACUUUAUGUUUUGCAAAGUAGGCCAGUAUGUGAAAAUUGUUUAAGGUUGUGUAGCUAAUUAUUUGUUACUUUGAAACUUGUUAUGUUUAGUAAAGUAAAUUCUUACAGCAACAAUUCGAUAAAAUAUGCCAACUGGUUCCCAUAUAAUCGGGUAUACAUUAUAGGGCCACCACACACCCAUGUUACGUGCGAGCAGGUACUGUCACUUCAGCAAUAUUUUUCAAAAAUUCGUAUACAGUGCUUAUACUAUUACAACUACAACAACAUAUGUAUAUAGUAAACGCCUUCCAAAAAGAAAACACGAGCGCACGCUGUCUGUACUCAGAAAAAUUAAUUAACAAAAUUACUAAGAAGUUAUGAGCUACCCUGCUGAAAAUGAUUCGUAUUGAAUUAGUUCUCGCUAAUUGUAAAAAUCUUUGAAUAAGAUAUCAGUAUCUUUACCUAGAGUACUUCCCAAAAUGAUCACUACUGAAGUCACCUGAUUCCAAAAAGAAAAUUUAUUCAAAAGGGAAAUUUUGGUGCAGAACUCGUUUGAAAAAUGUUAAAAAGGCUACAGAUGUUAGAUAUAAUACCUGGGACUUGUAAAUGAAGUAUUUUGAAAUCCAAAUACAAAUUAUUAUUGUUAAGCCAAUUAUUAUAGUUCAUUUUACAUUAUCGGUUAAUCGAUAAUUUUAAAUUUCAGUCAUUCUCAAGUCAUCUUACAUCCAUUGGCCCUGCCAAAAAUUUAUAUACCAAAACUUUUUAGGAUACUUCAUAUUAAUGAUGGCUAGUUUUCAAUCUCAAACCACCUCAGUAGACAUUCAUCAUUACAACGUUACUGCUUUGGAGCCUGUAAAAUUUUUGGAAUUAUUUCAUAUAGGUGAAAAAUAGUCCACAGUGCUACCGCGCGACUGUAUGCAGGCGUAAGUUUUAGAUCCUACUUGAGAUGGUUUGCUUCUCAAACUUUUGUAUAUUUUUGUUUCUCUGUUUAGUAAUGUCCCUGAGAAUUGCGGAAGAAUAGCUUAUUCGCGAUAUAUAAAAUACUGAACUGUGGCAUAGAAGUCGCUCUCAGUUGCCUUUAGCAUAUCGUUACAAGCUAGGCAUGUUUCACAAGUCGUAGUUUUAUCCCAGCAGAUCGUGCAGGGCAUUGUGCCAUUAGUACACCAACCAUUACCCUACACUCGUUCUUUUGGAAUGCCAACAGGUACCUUGUAAUUUUUUAGAUGUAUGAAAGCUCCUCAUAAAAACCAUAUGCCGUUCGUAGGCAGCACACAACUGUGGGUCCCUCCAUUUGUGGAAAAACGUCAAGACACUAACGCUAAAUUGAAGGAGAAGGAGCAGCUCUGCCAUUUGACAGUCUUGCCAACAUUGUUAUUUCUAGAUCUGGUUUAAGAUAACAAACUGUUUCUGUUGUUGUAACAGCACAAAACAACCCCUUUUAGAGAAAUCUGGUAAAAUGACAGUUCUUUGCCGAAUAUAUUAGUAGAAGAACCCGCUGGGAGGCACUGAUACACUUAAAACUUUUGCGUUUGUAAUCUUCUGUGUGAAUAAUACUUUUAAUGAGAAAUUGUUCAACAUUUCAUGAACUAUUAAUUCUAGUUAAAUUUCAUUGUCUAAGCAAACUAGUACUUGAAUACCUUUAAUUGUAACUGAAUUAGGACAAAACGCUUCCCUAUCAAAAACUCAUAAUUUUUCUUUUCUACCAGGUCUGUUUACAUCUAAAGAAAACAAACAAAGAUAAAAUGGCCCUGUUGUUUUAUAGGUUAAUUUAAGUAAUACGUCGUUAGUACGCACUGGUUUCACGUCCACUGUGGAAAUUAAACUUCGCCAAGUUGUUUCUAAUAGUGGCCUAUCAUGUACCUAAUGACUGACGGCCGUGUGUAUUUCAGCCAAGAGAAAUCUUCUCAUAAAAAAACAAAUACCGUUCGGUGGUAUGAUAGCUAAAAAUUUAGGAACGCCCGUAUUUAUGGAACGCCCAUCACAUAUUAAAGAAAACGCUUUACUUAAAUACCUUUCAAUAAGUAUGUGCCUGCAUAUCACCCUAGUUUACAACGAUUCUCACCUAUGGCAUUUGAUUCACAUUUCUACGUAAAAUUUGCCGCUGUAUCCAAACAUGAAAUCAGAUGGAUAUUAAGAAAGUGAGACAAUUUUUGAUAUAUAGGUAAACUUAAAUUUGUUGAAUGCCGAAAAAAGAAAAUUCAAUAAAUUUUCCUUAUUAAUGGCAAAUAUCUUACGAGUUAUUUGUGAAUUUUAAGGUAAUUUAUCAAGGCUUUUAAGUCCAUGCCAAUGUUGAGUGAGUUUUGUUAGUUUAUUAUCCAGAUAAUAUCCAUAAAAGACAGAGCAAGUCAAACAAACGCCACUUUCAAUGUAAAAAAUUUAACAAGACCGUAAACUGUAUAAAAUAUCGUUAAUUUAUAUCAGUAUUUAUAUACAUAUUUGAAAGCCGAAUCUUGUCUUAUCAAAGCUAGAGAAUAUGGAUUCUGGAUGCGAUUUUUUAUUAUCUUAGACAAAAAAUUAAUUAUGUUUCGUAAAAAUGGAACUGCAGUACUUUUAAAAUUCUAUAGAAUCUAAUAUACAAACCCACAUAACAGCGCUGCUCACCUGCAAAUCACAAAUGAGAGCGCUCUACUGCGGUUAAUGCAUGAGGAAUACAGCACAAGGCAAGAGUUGUGUAUGGGAGGUUAAUGUUAGUGUUGUUUAUUAUGCUAAAUAACUAAUAUACACAGCACAAGGCAAGAGUUGUGUAUGGGAGAUUAAAGUUAGUGUUGAUCUAAUCUAAUAUGCACGCCCACACAACAGCGCUGCUCACCUGCAAAUCUCAAAUGAGAGCGCUCUACUGCGGUUAAUGCAUGAGGAAUACAGCACAAGGCAAGAGUUGUGUAUGGGAGGUUAAUGUUAGUGUUGUUUAUUAUGCUAAAUAACUAAUAUGUACCGAAAGUAUACCAUAGGUCACAGGCAGAAGAAGGUAGAGAAUUAUGUUGAGUUAUUUAUGUUACCGCAAGUGAACAUUUAUGGACAUAAAACCACUAUCUUUGCGGUUAGCCCUCACAUUUGUGUAUACAUACAUACAUUUACGCAUAAAAACUGUCUUCAUUUUUUUUAAUAAUAAUGCUCAUGAAUUAAGUACUAGGAUGUGGGUAUCACACAACUAGCGCUAAAAUUGAGAAAAACUAAACGAAGAUAAAGUGGUGUACACUUCAAUAGAUAAAUAAACAAUUUAUGCAGUCCAAUUUUUAAAUAUCCUGAAAAAAAAAAACUAAAAAAAGAAAUUGUUCGUAUUUCGGAUUCCAAGAAAGGGCAGCCCUGCUGACUUCACCGGUAUCUUUGUGCGGUGUUUGGCCUAACCAACCAAACCGUCUGCGUUUGAUGGUUAGCUGGAUGAGGAAUUCAUUGGGCGAUUCCAAUAGGUAUUAGAAAUGAUAUGCGACCACCAAAUCUUUAAGGUUUUGCGCAGGCAGAAGGUGAAUGAGCAAAGAUGUUAGCGCCCAGGAUUCAUUUAUACGAAAUGAAGAUCCGCAGCUUAGUCUUGACUGAAACAAAUUUUGAAAGCCGAAUGUUGUUUAAUUACGGAAAAGCACCGCAGGCGUUCGAUUUGCAGCGGCUUCGGACGUUGGUGUUAUUUUGCUCCCGAGUCGUUGAUUUCCCUCCUAUGUAGGGUGAAGUGUGGAACACCUUUAGUAUGUUGGAGAUGAAUUCGAAAAUUCGAUGAAUCCAUCCAUCGAUUCUAUUGUUGUUUGUUCUCCGUUCUAAUUUCUCAAUACAUAUCUUACUUCAUAUUUGGGUGAAUAGGUCAUAGAGUGGCAAAUUUUACGUAAGAAGUGGCAGUCAAAUGUUGCAGCUCAGUAUUUUUUUUGUUUGAAAAUUUAUAUUAUUACAAUAUAAUUAUUAUUAUCAUUGUAGUUUAGUAUUGUUUUAUUUUCAAAUGGAAGUUGUUUCAAAUGCAAGAAAUUUUUUUAUAAAAUUGCUUAUACUUUUAUUUAUUCACACACACAUUACAUACAUACACACAUGCCUACGGUAAAAUAGUUAAGACCAAUUUUUUUGUUGUUUUCAUCUGUGUUUUUUUUCUUUGUCUAAAAAGGCGAACUUCAAACUAAACGAAACCAAUAAAAACAUAACGACUUGCAGCAGUAUCUCAUACCCAUACCACGACACUCCUUGCAAACACACAUACACACUCACAUGCGUACCCAUAUACAUUUAUACAAGCAUACAAUCAUUCUUUACGUACAUUUGUACAUUAUACAAAAGGAGAAAACAAAAAAUAUUCAAAUAUGAAACCAAAUCGAAAUAUCUUGAUCUGUUCCUUAGGUUAUACGCGAACGAUAGGUAAAUAUGCAAUACUGAAAAUAAUAGGUACAUAAGUACAAGCAUGUAAGGAGUAAAAAAUAAUUCACUAGUAUGUAUGUAUAAUGAAAAACAAAAAUUGAGAAAAUAAUAUAAAGUAAAAUAUUGAUAAAAAAAAAAAUAUUUCGUAAAUAACGUUAGAUAUUGUACUUAAAAUAAUGGAAAUAAAUAAAUAAAACUUAUGUAAAUUUUUGAAUUAAUACUUUAUUCCUUGAGAAUAAAUUGCCUGCGUGUGAAAUUUAAACAUGAACGUGAAAUACUGAGCUAGCCGUAUAAAAUAUUUUAUAUGAAAACCAAAAACUGAAACAAAAACCAAAUAAAAAAACCAAAAAAAAAUUAAAAAAGAA